AUGUCGAAAAAGUCUUGUAAUAAACGGGUUACACCUCCUUGGAAGUGGAUCUCUAUUUACUUGAAUCAUAUGAUAUUUGCGUUGAGCAAGCAAGAGUUUCAAUCUAGUUCUUCUAGUCUGUCAACAUCUGCAAACCGAGGAUGCAGCCCGUUGUUGUCACGUGUCAUCCCAAGUGGUUUUGGAUUGGCCAAAAAAGUGAAGACGGAAGAGAGACGUCUUGUCUUUAACCCGAGAGGUUCUGUUUCAGAUAGCAGACGGGCAAGGCAUUGCAUUUUGAAUGUUGACAGUCAGAGAUCAGUAAACAGAGGUAAUAGCCGCAUGAGAUUCUCAAACCGAUGGAAUGGUAGAGAUGGUUUAUCCUCUAUUACAACAACAGAGAUGUCCCAGACUGAAACAUCAAACAACCUCAAUUCUCCUGUCUUUUUGGAGCUGUUCUCUGGUUUUCCAGAAUUUGGUCUCUCUGACAGUGUUCGCAGUUACACUUUAGAUGGGAUCUCUGAGAUUUUGCCAGAACUUGAUAGGAUGGAACAAGAUAUUGAGCUUAAUUACGAGGAACUAUUAGCUUUAGAAGAGAGAAUUGGUACAGUAAGUAGUACUCUCACAGAAGAAGCAAUAUCAAAGAGCAUGAAAACAAGCAUCUAUCAGAAGAAACCUUCAAGUUUUGGUUCUAUAAACAAUAUUCGUUGUGCUCACAAGGAAGAUGCCAAAUGCAACAUCUGCCAGGAAGAGUAUACAAUAGGUGAUGAAGUUGGGAGGCUACACUGUAGCACACAUACCAUUUGAAGUGUGUGCAAAAAUGGUUGCAGAUGAAGAGUUGGUGCCCAAUCUGCAGAGACCUCCUCCUCUAAAUAACCGUCUUCUUCAUCUUUCUCCACGUUCGUUGUAGUAUUUCUUUCAUCCAAAGCCUGUGAACAACAAUGGAACCGGCCUCACCAUCUUUGUGUACAUACAAAUUCACACCGGCUUUGACUCUC